GCUCAGGUGACCCGCGCGCGUCUCAGCCGGCCGGCGGGGGGCUCGCAGCAAUGAUCCAAAAUGUGGGGACGCAGCUGCGAAAGGGCAUUGCCUCAGUGUUCUCCAGCCGUUCUUCCCGCAAGUCGACCUCGCGGGCGGAGGAUACGGGCGGCGCCAUGGCGGACGGCCAGGGGUACCGGAACCCCACGGAGGUGCAGAUGAGCCAGCUGGUGCUGCCCUGUCACACCAACCAGAGUGGCGAGCUGAGCAUCGGGCAGCUGCUCAAGUGGAUCGAUACGACAGCCUGCCUGUCCGCCGAGCGGCAUGCCGUCUGCCCCUGCGUCACUGCCUCCAUGGAUGACAUCUACUUCGAGCAUACCAUCAGUGUUGGACAAGUGGUGAACAUCAAGGCCAAAGUGAACCGGGCCUUCAACUCCAGCAUGGAGGUGGGCAUCCAGGUGACCUCGGAGGACAUGUGCUCGGAGAAGCAGUGGACCGUCUGCAAGGCCCUGGCCACCUUUGUGGCGCACCGCGAGCUCUCCAAGGUGAAGCUGAAGCAGAUCACGCCGCACACUGAGGAGGAGAAGACGGAGCACGGCGUGGCAGCUGAGCGCAGACGCAUGCGGCUGGUCUACGCCGACACCAUCCAGGGCCUCCUGACCAGCUUCCCCAUCCAGGACGACCUGGAGAGCCGAGACUGCAGCCACAGGGUGCCUGCCGAGAAGACCUAUGUGGAGAGCGUGGAGCUGGUCCUGCCCCCGCACGCCAACCACCAGGGCAACACCUUCGGGGGCCAGAUCAUGGCCUGGAUGGAGAACGUGGCCACCAUCGCUGCCAGCCGGUUAUGCCGGGCCCACCCUACGCUGAAAGCCAUCGAGAUGUUCCACUUUCGGGGCCCGUCCCAGGUGGGGGACCGCCUGGUGCUCAAGGCCAUCGUGAACAACACCUUCAAGAACAGCAUGGAGGUGGGCGUAUGCGUGGAGGCCUAUCGCCAGGAGGCCGAGACCCAGCGUCGCCACAUCAACAGCGCCUUCAUGACCUUUGUGGUCCUGGACGCAGACAACCAGCCGCGCACACUGCCGCUGAUCCUGCCCCAGCCAGGGGAUGGUGAGCGGCGGUACCGGGAGGCCAGUGCCCGGAGGAAGAUCCGGCUGGACAGGCAAUACAUCGUGUCCUGUAAGACGGAGAUGCCGCUCUCGGUACCCUGGGAUCCCAGCAACCAGGUGUACCUGAGUUACAACAACGUCUCUGCCCUGAAGAUGCUUGCGGCCAAGGACAAGUGGGUGCUGUCCUCGGAGAUCAACCAGGUGCGCCUGUACACCCUCGAGGACGACAAGUUCCUCUCCUUCAAGAUGGAAAUGCUGGUGCAGCUGGACCCUGCCCAGGUCUUCCAGCUGCUCUCGGACCUGCACCGGCGGCCCGAGUGGGACAAGCACUACCAGAGCGUGGAGCUCAUCCAGCAGGUGGACGAGGAUGACAGCAUCUACCACGUGGUCAGCCCCGCCCUGGGCGGCGACAUCAAGCCACAGGACUUCGUGAUCCUGGCCUCCCGGAGGAAGCCUUGUGACAACAGGGACCCCUACGUCAUCGCGGUGAGGUCCGUCGUGCUGCCCUCACACGGUGAGACGCCAGACUACAGGCGGGGCGAGACCCUGUGCUCCGGCUUCUGCUUCUGGCGCGAGGGGGACCAGCUGACCAAGGUGUCUUACUACAACCAGGCCACUACUGGCUUCCUCAACUACCUGACCACCAACGUGUCCGGCCUCUCCUCCGAGUUCUACUCCACCUUCAAGGCUUGCGAGCAGUUUCUCCUGGACAACCGCAGCGACCUGGCCCCAAGCCUCCAGACCCUUUAG